AGCAAGCCAAAAAACAAACAACAACUUUUCGGGCCACAUAAAAUCGAUUUUCAUUGAUUUUACUAGAAAAUUCGGAUGUAGGAGUGCGUAUUUUUGAAUAAAGUGAUCAAAUACGAAAUGGCCACCGAUGUGGAACCGACGGCGAAUACGGCGGACAAGUUUUCGGCCAAUGCCGAGGAGCUGGAGGGCUAUUAUCUGAUGCUGGAGGCGGGAAAUAUUCCGGAACUGCAGUGGCAAUUCCCGGGACGCAGGGCUCCAUCGCCGGAGGUCGGAUCCGGCGCAAAUAGCAAGGAACUGGAGCAGGCAGCCGAUGUCAUUGAACAGGAACCCCAAAAGGCCAAUGACUUUGAUUUCAGCGACGAGGUGGCCCCCACCCAAAUGCGCGUCCGUAGUCAGACAUCCACGCCCAAGUCGGCCAAAAAGAAAACGGCCAACUUUGCCGGGGUCAUGGACACGCUGAGGAAGAAGAACGCGGAGAGCUCCUAGCACCCGCCAAAAUUCUGAUACUAAUCUGGCCCAGAAAUCGGAAUACAGCCAAAACUUGGGAUCACUUUGUAUCGUUGCAUGUCUAUAGGCAUCGCCAAAUCCGAAUGUAGACCAGAACCAAGUUCCUUAAGUCUUAUGGCUUCUGCUAGCGAGGAAGUUUUUAUUUAUCAAUUACAAAUUACUACACUAUACUUUUUAACCGGAGAGCCAAGAAAGUCGGAUGUUGGCCAAUCUAAGGAUCACUCGUUGCAUCCAAAUGAAACAAUCUAGGCGAUUUAAAAAUCAUCUUAAAAGGAAAAACGCGGAGAGCAUGGCAUAUGGAAACAGAAACGAGGAUUUUGGCAUUUGCUCGAGAAAAAGGUUUUGCUGCAGAAAAAACCUAGGAAUCCUACAGUUACCGCCUCAUUAAGUCUCGAAGGUUUUUUCAAGUAACGUUAUUACUUUGCCAGUGGAACACACUGAGUUUAUUUAAAUUUAAGAGAACCAAUUUGUACUUGAGCUCUGAAGACAGAAAUCAGUUGAUAUGAUGAUCAAUUUGAUGACUACAAAUCAUUUUUGACCAACAUUUGAAUUUGAUUUUCAAAAUAUAAAUAUUAAACUGACUUUAACUUUAUUCACAUUUAACCAGUAAGGAAUUUAAUACAAAAAAAAUAUGACGAAAAUUCUUUUAAUGUUCUAAUCGAUUUUUAUGUCGUGCGACUCAAGUGCUGUAAUUAAAAAACCAUACCAUAAAGCAAAAACUUGCUAAGCCACGCUCACAUUAAAUAUUUACCAAAAACUCUAUUAUAACCAAUAAAUAAUAUGCCAUUAAUA